UUUUUUCAUUCCACAUUGUUGGUUCUUAUAAGGCUUUAGUUUUGAGUAAAAGGUCUUGCAAUGAAUUUAUAUAUUACUAUUGUUUUGGUCUUUAUGUUGAUCGAUUUUGGCUAUGGCCAAAAUUGCAACAAGCCUUGCGGGCCAUGUAUAUUGCCCACUUGCAACUACGAUGGAAAAUGUUACUACGAGGGAACAAGUACUUGUGCACUGGAGAACGAAAAGUGCCGACGACAGAAGGCAAAGCUUCCCCCAUUCAAAAAAACCGAAUCGGGAUUUUGCGAGGAAGGCGUAACUUUGUGUAAAUAGCUGUAGGAAAUGAUUUGAAAAUUCUUUUCAUGACAAUCCUUAACGAAUUUACACUGGAUUAAAAGCUAGAAUAAUAAAGACAAAAAAUUGAGAAACCUAAAAA